AUGAAGCAGCUCAUCUCCCACCUUCUGGGCUUUUGCUGGCUCGUCUGCUUCACGGGGACUCAAUGUUUCACCAGCGAUGAUGACAUGUGUCAGUAUUCGACUACUUGUCCUUCUUUUGCAACCUGUGAAAACAUCACCACGGGCUACCACUGCACCUGCAAACGUGGGUAUAUAUCUAGUUCUUUGGAGGAACACUUCACUAAUCCAGCAGUGAAGUGCGUUGUCGACAGAUGUCAGGAUUCGUCUACUUGUCCUGCUUUUGCAACUUGUGAAAACGUUGCUGGGGGUUACCACUGCACCUGCAAACGUGGGUUUGCAUCUAGUUCUGGGAAGCAAAACUUCACUGAUCCAACAGUGAAGUGCAUUGAUGUUAAUGAAUGUUCUCAGGACCCACCAGUCUGUGGCCCUCACAACCAAUGCAACAACACCCGAGGGAGUUUCACCUGCCAAUGUUCUCCAGGUUAUUCUUCCCCCAGUGGGACCUCUUGGAAACCUGGUGACUCCCACACCUUGGACUGCACAGAAAAUCUCAUCAGCUGCCAGCCCAGGAUUCUGCAACGAGACGAUUUCAAAAGUCUGUGCGGCAACAGCACCCAGCACGGAAACCAACAAAACAACAGAUUUUGCACCUUCCUGAAUGAGACCUCAAAGACCCUGGAAUCUGCAUGCGGCAAUGGAAAUCAGUCAAUAUCGCUGAAGGAAGUCUCCACCUCUAUCGAUUUGCUUUUCUAUGCCACUGCCCAGCAGUCUAAUGGGAGCAAGGAGGAGGUCGCAUUGGUAGCCACUAUCUUUCUGCAGAGCGUAGAAUCAGCAGCUUUGGCAACUGCUCGGAAAAGCCCCGGGAACAAGACACAGACUAUCACGGGAGAGACAAUGACCAUCGUGGCCCAGCGGGUUACGGAUAACUGCAGUCGGGCAGGGAAGAUGAUCGAACUGAACGCUGAAAACGAGUUGAUGAGCAUUGACUGCAUGACAGUGGUUGGCGCCAGGGAACAAGGCUCCGGAGUCGUUGCCUUCAUAUCGUAUGCCACUCUCGAGUCCAUCCUGAACAAUAACUUUAUCGACCAGCAAAACCUGAGAGAGGAUGUCAAACUGGGUAGCACUAUGCUGAAUUCGAAGGUAGUGAGUGGGACCAUUGGGAAACCCGGACCCCUCUCCAAACCUUUCAACUUCACCCUGGAGCAUAAACAGAAAAAGGAAAUGGAAGACAAGAUUAUCUGUGUUUUCUGGAAUCUCACUGGUCCCUGGUUUACUGAAGGCUGCAGACUUCUCCGUGAAAACAGCACUCACACCACCUGCACCUGUAAUCACCUGUCCAGCUUUGCCAUCCUGAUGGCUUCACAUGCUAUCAAGGUAUUUCAACCAUCCGCUUAA